AUGAACGCCGUUGACGAGCUCAACUUCCGCCUCGGUAUUGGCCCGUCGCGACCGCGGCUGCCCAUUACACUGCAGCGCUCCGGCUACGCGGCGGUGCGGCAGCUUGGAAAGGGCAGCUUCGGCAACGCAUACCUCGUCUACCACGCCGGCCGCCAGCAGUACUACGUGGUGAAGCACGUCAACAUGGCGAGCAUGACUUCACGGCAGCGCAAGGACGCACAUCAGGAGAUUGCGUUGCUGCAGCAGCUCGACUACCCCAACAUCAUCCGUUACGUGGAGUUCUGCGAGGAGCACCCGAACUUGUAUAUCGUGAUGGAGUACGCCGACGGUGGAGACGUCUGCACACAACUCAAGAACCUCAAGAGCAGCGUGUGGGCGCUCGGCGGUGGCGGUGGCGGCGUCGGCGGCCUCACUGAGGCGCAGGUAAUCAGUCUCUUCGUGCAGACCACCAUGGCGGUGAAGUACAUGCACAGCCGUCGCCUCCUGCACCGCGACAUCAAGUCGCAGAACGUCUUCCUCACGCAAAACCACGUAGUGAAGCUGGGCGACUUUGGCAUCAGCACCGUGCUGAUGAGCACCGUCGCCAUGGCACACACGAUGUGCGGCACACCAUGCUACUUCUCCCCCGAGCUGUGCCAGGGCAAGCCGUACAACAACAAGUCUGACGUGUGGGCGCUCGGUGUGCUGCUCUACGAGCUAUGCACCACGGGUCGGUUGCCUUUUGAGGCGGCAACGAUGAACCGCCUGAUGGACGAGAUAUGCAACAAGGAGCCGCGCCGCAUCCCGCCGAGUUUCUCGGAGGAGCUCUGGGAGCUUAACAAGUGGAUGCUGAAGAAGGAUCCGCGGCAGCGCCCCGAUGCGGGCCAAAUCUUACGCACACCUGUGCUGGUGCGGGCAAUUCCGGAUGUGGUGAAGAAACUCAGCGCCACUGACGGCCGCUGCGAGGCGGAGUACAAACGCAUCCUCGAGCUCGACGCCACACCGCCGCCACCUCUUAAGCCCGGCAUGGUGGUGCAACCGCAACCGCAAGCAAACCGGGGUAAGGAGGGCGGCGCGGAAAAGGCAUACCCUUCCGCUGGCGCAGCGGCUGCAGCCGCGGCGGCAGUCGUGGGGGGCGGGCGGUACGAUCUAUUCCGCAAGCGCAACGACGAGCACCCAUUUAAACGUGCCGAUAAUAUGCCCAAUGCGCGGCUUGGUGGCCUCGGCGGCGUGCAGCAGCAGAUUCAACAGCCAAAGCGGAAGGAAGAGGCAUCGAAGUCACCACCAUCACGUCAUUCACCUGUGAACGAGGGCGCAAAGUACAUGCCUGCCCUGCUUCAGGAUGCCCUAAGCAAAAUGAAAAAGAAGGGCAUGGAUGGCAACAAAGACAACAUUCAUAACAACAAGCUCAGCCCCGUGAGCGGCGCCAAUGGCAGUCACCCUAAGGGCGGGGAUGUCAAGUAUCUCAACAAGGAGAGGAGGGAGGAACUUGCUGUGCGGCCGAUAGACCUGCAAACGCAUCUACAAAACCAACAACAUAUGGUACAAAAACGGUCGAUUGGAAGGAUUCCUCUGCAGGAUCUCUUCCUCCUUUAUGAUGAAAACAAGAAGCGCAUCGUGCGUGAGCGUGAGCAACGAGUGACCGUCCACCGGAUCCCAAUGAACUACGAACCAAUUGGAGCUGUGCAUUUUCGCGAAAGACUUGCUCCCGCUGCUCCCGAAGAACAAUCUGCAAAAACACCGCCCAAACCUCAGUCCCCGCCGUCGGUGCCGUAUCGCCAGGCGCAUGAACAUACCGAGGAAAAGUCGCAUAAGGACCAAAAGAAUGACCAGGAGGCCAACCUCGCUGCUGCUGCUGCUGCUGCUGAUGAUGAUGAUGGCGCUCCAGAAGCGGGCAGGGUACAAGAGCCGUUGCAGAAACUUGAAGGUGCCGAAGAAGAGAAAAGCAAUGAGCCGCCAGGUGACCUCGCGCUCGUCCUGCGAGAGAUGACGAAUCACUUCGCCUCUGUGCACAGUAGCCUGUCCCGAGCAGAGAAGGCCCGUGAUCGUAAGAGUAUGAACGCCACACCGACUGCUUCCGCUUCCACUGCUGCUGCUGCUGCUCCUGGAGGUGCGGGAGCAGAGUGCCCUUCUCCUGAGGACUUUGAUGACGGCAUGGACAGCGAAAGCCCCGGACAGGAGUUCGCCGACGCGCUAGGGACGACACUGGACGUGCAGGGCCUGCAGCGCCGCCCAACGACACCCACUGCAGCUGCCGAUGCGUGCGACGGAAACGCAGGGGAUGAGCGCAUUCCACUGUCCAUUGGGCGCUACGAUGUGGUGUGGUCCCCACGCGGCACCCACGCGUUACUUUCACAGCCCGGCAGUCGUCAAGGCAGAGCUGUCCAGCCGCUCAACAAGAGCAGCGGCAACAAGCAGCUGGCGGGAGAGGGCGGUGCAACGCCGGACGCCGGCGUUGGCGCCGCCGCCCAAGACACAAAGGGCGAAGCGCCACUCGGCCCAGUCUUCAGCGGCAGCUGUCUCUGCUGUAGCGUCCGCUUCGGCGGCUACGCUUCGACCAUCUUUGGCAGCUUUGUGUGCAACUGCCUCGUGUGCUCGCGCUUCUCCGGGUCUAUGAUGGGUGUGGAGUGGCUACACCUCCCCGACGUGUCGAUCGAGACGCUCUUCACGGGUGCGUCGACGUCGACAUCACCGCCGCAGGUGCCCGUCGCCACGGCCAAGCCGAGUGACGACACGCCAGCGGGCGCAGGUGUGGCCGCGGCGCAGGCACUUGCGAAGGGCAGCGCAGCAGGAGCUGCUGCCCCUUCAAAGGAAGGAGUCAAGGGUAACGACGAUGGUCUACUGCCGCCACCCCUGACAAAGUUCGUCGUUGAGGUGCCACUGGUGGAGGACGACAAUGACAAUGCUAACAAGAACAGCGGCAGCAACGUGGCGCAGCGAACGGGGGUAUAUGCGGUGUACUUCUGUGCACGUUGUGGCUGCACCGUAGGUAUGGAUCACGGGGAGAUUGAAGGUGGCCUCCUCGCCAAGGCGGCACUCUCUGAGACGAGCUUAGCGAUACUGGAGUCUUUUCAACAGACUAUGCCGCUCGAUACUAACGAAAUGCUCGGGACAACCGAACUGUAG